GGAAUAACUUGGUUUUUAAUAAUUGAUUUAAGAUAUUAUUGUCCUUGAAUUGCCUUAACCACUGCUUUUUACGAGCACAGCUAACAAAUGCCCCCCUACAAUAAUUUAGUUCAAUUUCACUUUACUACGUAUUUCAUUUUUAGCUUCAAUUCACUCGUUCAAUUCCUCUUCUUUCUUUGUCACAAAUGUGUAAAUGGCAGAAGCAAUCAUAUUGCCGAUCGCUAAAUCCAUACUUGGUAAGAUCGGUUCCUUCACCGGUGAUUCUGUCAUUUCCUCUGUUUCCGAAGAAUUAAAAGCGGCCAAGUCAGCUGAGAAAGAUCUUAAUAAGAUAGCUGAUAAGCUCACUGCCAUUUGUGCUGUCCUCCAUGAUGCUGAAGAAAAGAAAUAUUCGAACGAAGCCAUGAAAGUUUGGCUAAGAGAUCUCAAGCGUGUUGUUUAUGAUAUUGAUGAUCUCUUGGAUGAAGUCGCCUUUGACGCUUUACAACGCCGUGUCAAUGAAGGUCGUUUUCGGCGCAAGCUUAGGUACUAUCUUUCCUCCUCAAACCCCAUCAUUUUUUCUUUUCAUGUAAGUCACAAAAUACGAGAUCUCUGUGAACAGCUAGAACACAUUGUGGCUAAGAAAAAUGAUUUUGGUUUGACUGAGAGUCCAGUUGAGUACUCAACUGCUGACAUCAGGAAUCCUUUUGAUAGAAGCUCAUAUGUCCAUGUACCUGAUGUUAUGGGAAGAGAAGAGGCUAAGCAAGAUGUUAUAAGGAGAUUGGGAAGAGUCAAUGGUGUUAGUGAGCUCUCAGUGCUUCCUAUUGUUGGGAUGGGUGGGAUAGGAAAAACUACAUUAGCCAAGUUGGUGUAUCACGAUGUCCAACUCUUUGAUCUAAAGUUGUGGGUAUGUGUUUCGGACACGUUUCGCAUACCUAAGAUCAUAGAGGACAUUCUGAAGGAUGGUACCGGUGACAGUACUCCUAACCAAGAAAUGUGUAUAUUGGUGAGAAAGCUCCAUAGUUUGUUGAGUGGGAAGAAGUACUUGCUAGUGUUGGAUGAUGUCUGGGUUGAGGAAUUCGGAAAGUGGAAAGAGCUAAAGGACGUGCUAGCUGUUGGUAAUCCGGGGAGUGUACUUUUGAUCACUACAAGAAACUCCAAGGUUGCUUCUAUCACUCAAACGUUUGAAUCAUAUGACUUGGAUAGUCUUCCAAUUGAUGUUUGUUGGUCAAUGUUCAAGCAAUUGGCAUUCAAGGACGAAGUUGAGGAAGCCAAAUAUCCGAAUCUUUGUGAAAUUGGCAGGUCUAUUGUUAAAAAAUGCCAUGGCAUCCCACUUGUUGUGAACACUUUGGCGAGUUUAUUAAGAAGUGUGAGGGAAGAACAAGAAUGGCAACGAAUUAAUGAUAUGGAAAGUUUUCCUGCAUUGAAGCAACAAUAUGGUAAUGUCUUACCACUAUUAAAAUUAAGUUACGAUAAAUUACCAUCUCACUUAAAACCAUGUUUUGCUCACAUGUCCUUGUACGUGAAAGAUACUCCAUUUACUUCAAAUAUUGUAUCACAUAUGUGGAGCGCACUUGGAUUGUUGCCACUGGAUAAGAGAAAUAAGGAUGUUGAUGGCUUUGGAUACUCUUACAUAAGGGAAAUGACAUCAAUGUUCUUGGUUGAAGAAUCAAAUGUACAUAUUGUGGGUUUACUUUGCGAGAGUAAAAUGCACGAUCUUUUGCAUGAUCUAGCAGUGAACAUUAUGGCAGAAGAGUUAGUUGUUGUAACUUUGGAUAAGAUGACAGGUUUAGACCAGGCUAGGCAUGUAGUUUGGGGAUAUGAUAAUUUAAAAGAAGAACAAUUUCCAACAGAGCUUCUCAGAGCAAAGAGAGCCCGUUCGUUUCGAUUUGGUUAUAUCAUGAAACAUGUAAGCAUGUCCUUUCUAGAGGGUAUUAUAUCCAAUCUCAGCUGCUUACGCGUCUUGGGACUUGGGAGUCUUUGGUUUGAAGAGUUGCCAAAGUCGAUUGGGAACCUGAAGCAUUUGAGAUAUCUUGACUUGUCAUGUAAUCCCAUCAUGAAAUCACUUCCAAAUACAAUAUGUAAUCUAUUGAAUUUAGAAGUUUUUAAUAUCGGUGGAUGUGAGCAAUUAAAAGAGCUACCAAGGGAUAUACAUCAAUUGCAAAGCUUAAAGUUAUUCAUUGUGACAACAUGUCAAGAGAGCUUAGUUAACACCAAACUCAAUGAAUUAAGUUCUCUACAAUCCUUACAUUUUCAUUCAUGUAAGAGUUUGAUCUCGUUGUGGGACAGUGAUAAUAUUGGGCUCCUCAACUCCCUCAAAUGCUUGAGCAUCGUUGAUUGUCCAAAAUUGACAAGUCUUAUAAAAGGUAUGAAGUACCUUGUUAACCUUCAGAUAUUAGACAUAAGAAAUUGUGAAGAGUUAGAUAUGAACAAGGGAGAGGCCCUUCAAGGCCUUCAAAGCCUCCGAGCAUUGCAAGUCAGCAAUGUGAAAAUGGCAAGCCUUCCAAAUGACAUACAAUCUGCUGCAACUUCUCUUCAAUAUCUUUGUAUUUCACAUUGUGAAGGUUUAGUGGAGCUUCCAGAAUGGUUACAUUGUUUCACCUCUCUCGAGGAAUUUGAAAUUGAAGAUUGUCCAAAUGUGUUGGGUUUGCCCAAAUGCAUUAGCCAGAUCAACUCUCUACAAAGACUCAUAAUUAAGGGAUGCCCAAACCUAUCAAAAAGAUGCGAUGUACCAGAUGGAGAAGACUACCCUCUCAUACAACACAUUCCCAUAUUUGUUCUUGAUUGCGUCACAUUUACUGCAAAUCAAAGCCACUGAAAAGAUUUUAAGACCAUCGUUUUUAAUCCGGCUGUUGGAGCAAAUUUCUGUCUGAAUGUUCAUGGCUCAAGCUAUUUGAAUAUUCAAGGGUGUAUAUUUGUUUAAGUCGUUUUUCUGUAUAAUAUAAUGGUUGAUGCUAUGUUUUUUAUCCUUUAUUUGCUUUGUAGGAGUUACAUGGUUUUACCUUACUAUUAAAGUAAGGGUUUUACAUGUAACAAACGAUUUAUUUUUGUUGUUAUGUGUUUACUUUGAUUAUAUGUUGUACAUUUAUCAACAUUUGAGUAAUGGUGUUAAAGUUGGUAUGUGAAGCAAGAUUGUAUUUGCUUACAAAUA